AUGGCUCGUAACGAGCAGGAGAUUUUGCUCCGGGAGAGGCACAAAGCAAAAGGGCACCAUCAUCAUGAGAAGCCCACGACCAUCGGCGCCAGCGGCUAUCACUCAACCAAUGCAAUGUCCUAUCUCAGUCCAGACUCUGCCAGAUCUGCACGAGGCAAGUCGCCUGGCAAAGAAGCUGCCGGGCACAAUAACCGCGUGCAAGAGCCGCAUGACCUGUGCAAGGACGAGCUCGCACCUUCUGACACUGUUGCCUAUCCGCAAGUUCACUAUUUGGAUCAACAUUGGUACUUGGUUCCAAUCUCCAAAGAUGAUGAGAGAGCCAAGAAGAGCGGUUCCAAUCUGCUGAAGUCUGCAAUCUCAACAAUAGUUGGGAAGCAUGACCUGGAGGACCACGAACUUGUUGUCACGAGCACUACUCGGUCUUCUCACCAGUUGGAGUCGGAUGCCAAAACUCAUCACCGUGGACAAGACUCCUCACACCAGCUUCACCAAGACGCUACUAUUCCGGUCAGAACUCCUGGCAGUGAGUCCCCUCAUCAGCUCUGCUGUGACCCCGUGGUGGAGGAAGCAAAGGGUCCCGUCCAGCACGAUUUAGAAGCCCACCAACCCACAAAGUUGACCAAGAUCGAUCGCCAACAUAACCUUGCCAAGGAUGUUACUGUCGGAGCUGGAGGUUGUGCUGUUGCCAAGCAUGACAUCCAUGCCCACGAGAUAGUGAAGUCCCAUGGAACUGGACCCCCUCAUCAUUUGAAGGACGACGGUGGAGUUGCUACAAGUGGUAAAUCCUGGACGACACAUGCUCUUGACAGUGACAAUACCGUCAUGUCGAGCAACGCAGGACACGGAAGUCAUGAUCUUGAUGCACACACGUCUACAAAAGUUGUGGGCAAUAAGUCCCCUCUAGACGCAUUCCGCAAGCAUUAA